AUGGAUUCCUUGCCAUGUUUCGCAUUUGAUUUCCGGGCGCGGAACGAGGUCUAUGAGGUGACUGCGGAACAGAAGUACUGCCCGGAGGGCUGGGCCAUCCGCACGCCGGUGGAGUGCCACGCGGCCGCCGUGAGCCUCAGCAAGGGGUGGCUGGGCACCGUCUACGAAGAAGGCCAGCCCUACUGUCGCAGCUUCAACGGCAACGUGGUCUUCAACGGGGGAGGCGACGCCGCGCCCGCGAACUUCAGCUCCGUGUGCAAGGCGCCCGAAGAGUUGUCCGAAAGCAGCUCCACCAAGGUCUACGAGCUGGUUGGCGCAGGGAUCUGCCGGCCAGGCUCCUGCGAUUCGGCGGACGGAGCCUGCCGGGUGGGCGGCUACUUCAAGGAGAACCUCACCUUGACCGAGUGCCGCAGCGUCUGCGAUGCGGACGCCGGCUGCGUCGGCUACUCCCAUUUGCCCGGAGCGCGGUGCGAAGUCCACAGCACCGGCCCGGUGCCGGCGGAUUGGGUGCCGGCAGCAGGGCCUUUCAGCAGCAUCGGCGAUGCCGACGGCUCGAGUACGGCUGCGUGCUAUCGAGAGGCUCCUGUACAAGUGCAAAGAGGCUGGCCUGGUGGAGGCGCAUGCUUCCUCCAGCAGCCCACCCGUGGCAACGGGAAUUGCGGCGGGCCCCACAGGACCUGGACGCUGGACCAGCACGGGCACCACUUCGAGUGGGCCGGGGAGAACGAGGCCUUGUGCCUGGUCCGGAAGGUGGAGCACGACUUCUACUGCGGCACCAACACCACCUGGCUCUUUGUGCCACAGACCGAAGCUGAGGUGCCCUCGCCGCGCGCGGUGUCCGAGCACAUCACCUGGCUGAUGAUGAAGGAGAUGCUGAGGGCCGCGGAGCUGCGGCCCUGCAGCGAGCCGCCCUUCGAACGCUUCCGCUGGCGGCCCCACAGCCGCGGCGGGCGGCGCCGGAGGGACGACCGGCGCCUGCAGAGCUCGACGACGAACUGGGUCCGAGACAACCUGGCCCGUCGGAAGAUCCUGGUGGCGCCCUACAAGGGCGAGGUGAAGCAGCUGUUGGACAUGAUGGUCGUGGAGGCCUUGCUGAGUGGCGUGGAGGAGCGAUCGGAGAGUCCGGCGAUCAGACGCAACCUCUGGCACGUUGAAGAGCACAUUGGAAGGUUUCCUGGGCCUGCUGUCCCGGUGCCCGCUGGUGCGUGGGCUUCUGGCGCAGAACUCCCUGGAGCUCAUGGAGGACAGCAUCAUGUUCUUGGACUCUGCGGAGGAGGUGCAGGACUUUGCGCGGCGGCAGCCGGACGAGGUGCUGCUGGCGUUGGUCUUCAACUCCGCAGACGCACAAGGCAACUUCCCCGCAGACAUGAAUGUGGACUUCUCCAUCCGGGCUCAUGCGCAGUUGCUGCCGUCCACUGCGCGAGUCAUUAG